UUCAAUUUUUUCAACAACCAAAUUUCUAAGAAAUGUCUAAAAUCAUAGAAAUUUUCAAUGUAUCACCAUCUUCACAGGAAGAACUUCCUUUAGAAACAUCACUUCCUCUUACUUUCUUGGACAUAUUAUGGUUAAGAUUACCACCAGUUCAAAGAAUUUUCUUCUAUGAAUUUCCACACCAAACCUCACUUUUCUACAACACCCUUCUUCCCAAACUCAAAAAAUCACUUUCCAUUGCACUUUCUUACUUUUAUCCUCUUUUGGGUCAUCUCACUUGGCCUAAUGAUUCUCACAAGCCAAUCAUCAAAUUCAUCAAGGGAAACCCUCUUUCACUUACCAUAGCUGAAUCUGAUGCUGAUUUCAAUCAUCUUUCAGGUAAGAAUCUUACUGAAGCUAAACAAAUUCAUGAUCUUUUACCUAACUUGAAUAUUUCUCAUGAUCAAGCUUCUAUUUUGGCUCUUCAAGUUACUCUUUUUCCAAACUAUGGAUUUUCAAUUGGUAUUACUUCACAUCAUGCUGUUUUAGAUGGUAAAACUUCAACUUCUUUUAUCAAAUCUUGGGCUUACCUAUGUAGAAAGCUUGAAAAUGAAGUAUCUGAAUUAGAAUUACCCCUUUGUUUGCCACAUGAGUUUUGUCCUUUCUAUGAUAGAAAAAUAAUCAAGGAUCCAAAUGAAUUAGAGGCGAAAUAUUUGAGUGAUUGGUUAAAGCAAGGUGGAACCAACAAUAGAAGUUUAAUGGUCUGGGAUCUUCAAGUCCCAGAAGAUUCAUUUAGAGGGUUAUUUCAAUUAUCUCGUUCGAAUAUCGAAAAGCUUAAGGAAUUUGUAGUGUCAAAACAAAAGGGUACUAGGAAUGAGAAUAAAAAUCUUCACCUGUCAACUUUUGUUGUAUCUAUAGCUUAUGCAUGGGUAUGCAGAGUGAAAACAGAAGAAAUUGAGAACAAAAAUGCUAUGAUGGUUUUGAAUAUUGAUUGUCGUAAUCGUUUAGAUCAGCCGAUUCCUGCAACAUAUUUUGGAAAUUGUAUUGGAGGAAAACUUGCAAUUGUUAAAACAAAUGAGUUAUUGGGGGAAGAUGGACUAAUUGUGGCUGUUGAAGUGUUGAGUGAAGCUUUGGAAACUUUAAAAGAUGGAGUGUUGAAUGGAGCUGAAAAUUGGUCUUCAUGGUUACUUGAUGGUCUUACUAUUGCUGAUGUUAAAACAACUGGUGCUGCUGGUUCACCUAAAUUUGAGGUUUAUAGUACUGACUUUGGUUGUGGAAAACCAAAGAAAGUUGAAAUGGUUUCUAUAGAUAGAACUGGUGCUUAUUGUGUUUCGGAUAGUAGUAAUGGUGAUGGUGUUGAGAUAGGUUUUGUGUCUACGAAAAAAGCAAUGGAAGCCUUUGCUUCUCUCUUUGUCAAAGGGAUUGGAUCUUGAGUCCUUUAUGUAGCCCAGAUGCUUCGUAUUAAAGGCAUGCUUGACAUGUGUCGUGUUCAAUGCACACACAACAUUGACAUAUGUGAUUACAAUCAAUUAUUUUAUUUUCUAAAUUAGUAUCAAUGUAGGGCAUGGGCCGAUAAAUAGCAGCCCGAAUUUUUUCAGGGCUUUUUAGCCCAGCACGAAAAUGCCCGAAGCUCGUUCGGGCUAAGGGCAGCCCGCAAAAAAAAUAAAAAAGCGUUAUUUUUUACACUGGACUGGACGGACAGCCCAAAUAAUUAUGUUCAUUUGAUAUUUAAGUCAUUCUCUCUUCUAAAAAUUGUAUAUAAUUAUGUUCAUUUGUUUUGUUACUUUUAA